AAGAAAAUGUACGAAUGCUUACCCUACUCACCGGCUCGCCAACUCAUCUCUCCCUUUCUCUAUAUGCAGCUGCUUAUUCGGAUUGAUAUCUUCCUGGAGCACUACACAGCUCUCCCUGUUCAGCUUCAAACCUUACAUUAGAGUACAUAGGAGUCUCAGCAGGUCUCGCACCCAGCAUACCACUUUCAUAUGUAAAAAUCGUCUUUCCGAAAAGACUAAAAAAGGAAUAGAAUAUUUACUUCGACCUCACGUUGUUGAGAAGCCGCUCCUGAUAUGAAUACUUUGAAGCAAUUUGUGCCCAACAAACUUUGGCUUAGUGGUUUCACAAAGUAUUUUAGAGCACUGCAUUCUUCCUCCCCAAAUGCCUCUGUGGAAGUUCAUUCUCCAGAGCAGGAAGUAGUUAUUGCUUUGGGAAGCAAUGUGGGUGAUAGACUACAUAAUUUCAACAAAGCCUUGGAGUUGAUGAACAACUUGGGCAUAAAUAUUACAAGACAUGCUUGUUUGUAUGAAACAGCUCCAGCAUAUGUGACCAAUCAGCCUCUCUUUCUCAACUCAGCAGUUAGAGCUGCCACUAAACUCGGCCCACAUGAAUUAUUGGGAGUGCUCAAGAAAAUAGAAACAGACAUGGGUCGUACUGAUGGUAUAAGGUAUGGUCCAAGACCAAUUGACCUGGACAUAUUGUUCUAUGGAAGGUUCAAGGUCCACUCUGAUCUUCUAACUAUACCCCAUGAAAGAAUUUGGGAGAGACCAUUUGUAAUGGCCCCUCUAAUGGAUUUGUUGGGAUCAGUUGCUGAUUGCGAUACAGUUACCUGCUGGCAUUCCUUUUCAGUGGAUUCUGAUGGACUUUUUGAGUCAUGGGAGAAAAUGGGUGGUGAAUCCCUUAUUGGAAAGGAAGGCAUGAAAAGAGUUUUACCCAUUAAAAGGGGUUUAUGGGACUGGUCACAGAGAACCUCUGUCAUGGGUAUUCUUAAUGUGACCCCAGAUAGUUUUAGUGAUGGGGGAAAGUUCGUUUCUGUGGACUCUGCAGUUUCUCAGGUCCGCUUGAUGAUUUCUGAAGGGGCCGAUAUAAUUGAUAUUGGUGCUCAAUCGACAAGGCCAAUGGCCUCUUGGAUAUCCGCUGAAGAAGAACUAGAUAGGCUUAUCCCUGUUUUAGAAGCUGUUGUGAGGAUGCCUGAGGUAGAGGGAAAGCUCAUAUCAGUGGAUACUUUCUAUUCAGAUGUUGUUUCAGAAGCAAUCAACAAAGGGGCUCAUCUUGUGAAUGAUGUAUCUGCUGGGAAGUUAGAUUCUAACAUGCUUAGAGUCGUUGCAGGCCUGAAGGUUCCGUAUGUUGCAAUGCACAUGAGGGGGAACCCAUCUACGAUGCAAAAUACUGAAAACCUCCGUUAUGAUGAUGUUUGUAAGCAGGUAGCUUCUGAGUUAUACUUGAGAGUUAAGGAUGCAGAAUUAUCAGGUAUUCCAGCUUGGAGGAUAAUUAUUGACCCAGGUGUUGGAUUCUCAAAGAGAAGCGAACAGAAUUUGGACAUCCUAACAGGUUUACCAAGCAUUCGUGCAGAGAUUGCAAAAAAGAGUUUCGCCAUGUCUCAUGCUCCUAUAUUGAUUGGACCCUCGAGAAAGAGAUUUUUAGGUGACAUUUGCUCUCGAACUGCUGCAGAUGAGAGAGAUCCUGCCACUAUUGCUUCUGUCACAGCCAGUGUUUUAGGUGGAGCAAACAUUGUUAGAGUACAUAAUGUAAGAGAUAAUCUCGAUGCUGUGAAGGUCUGUGAUGCAAUGCUGAAGCAGAGGAGAUCUUGCGAUUAAAGGAUGUAAAUUAUUUGUUUCUUUUCUCUUCUAAUCGGAAAUCUGUCUUGAUAUGUUUUUUCCGCCACACCUAGUUUCUAGUUUCUGGAUCGGUUAUAGAACUAGAAGGCUGCCAUUGGAAGCAUUUGCUUUGCAACCUGAUGUUUACAGUCAACACACUGGCAUGAACUUACAGAAGUGAAUAGCAUUUCCAAGAUUUCUUUUUCCUUCUUUUCA